AUGAUUAAUUCAAUUUUAUCUAACAAAACAACAACAGCGGUAGCAUCAUCAUCCGACAACUUAGAAAAAUAUCGACAAAUAGCUAUUUCGAUUCAUCGAAUCAAAUACAUAGAGAUUUUAUAUUCUCUUUGGAAAGUCUAUUUACAAUCGGGCUUGGGUCAAUUAAAGUGUGAUAAUUUUCCAAAUGAAUCAGGUCCACAUGUAUGGGUAAAGCCUGUUCAGUCCAUGGUCAAAGUGGCUGUUCGUUCAGGUCUCGAAAAGAAUGAUGCAUGUUUAGCCUAUGUGAAGAAUCGUCUUGCUCAAUUAGAUAAAUCUAAACAAGAAUAUCAUACUGAUCUACAAGUUCAAUUAAAUCAUUUAUCUCAUCAAGCAAACAUAAUUCAACAACCAUUAGAGAAAUUCAUCGAAGAAAAUCUUCUUAGUCUACGGAAGAAAAUUCAACAUAAAAUACAAUUGGUUUACUUUGAAUAUAAGGAAGAAAUCAUAAAACACGAAUAUCUUAAACAGAAUCCAAAUGAAGCUCAAAUAAAAUUAGCUGAAGAACUCUGUACUGCUAAACAACAAGAAGAACUGAGCAAAUAUACAUCCGAACUUCUCGAUAAACAACUUAUUCGUUACAAUGCAUCAUAUAAUUUUGAACAUUUACCAAUCGCUCGUUUUCCUUUAUUUGAUUCGAUUGGUAAUGCCGAUAUUCAACAACAAUUCUAUGCUCAAUAUAGACAAAUAAUUGAACAAACAAAAACAGAUAUGCUCACUCUCUAUACUCAGUCAGCUAUAAGUCAACAGAUGCGUUAUCAAAAUGGAUAUAAUGAUAGAAUGAAAAAAAUUACAGAAGACCAACAAUUACUGCCAGAUGAACAAAAAUUAACUACGAAAAUGAUUGAAAUAAUCGUGCAACGUGCCCAUCUUAUUGAAGAACGACUCAAAUGUGUUCAUGAUUUUAAACUUGAACAAUUUUCUUGUCAAUCAUAA